UUCCCCUCCGAUUUUUUCCCAUUGUAUAUUUAUGUAUUACAGUUUUUACCCAUUACUUGAACACUAUAGACACAUGCUUAAACCAAAGUAACGUAACUUGAAGUUGUUGUUACUAUACCUUAAACAAAGUGUAACCAUACCUUAAACAAAAGUGCUGCUUAGCACUUUAGAUGCAAUUCUGCAACACACUCACUCCUUUCUACAACACACUUACUCCUGCACACUACACACUAUGUCAUACAUAAGACACUUCAUUCAAAAAUGAAUUCUCAGGGUACCAGUGGGAAAACACAUCUAUUCAAAAUACAAAACACAUUGGGCAAUUGAAAAUACUUACUUACAAAAUGGAACACCAAUCAGCCAGCUACAAAAACACCUCACUUAAGCCAUUUUGAGAAGUUUGCAAGCAUGGAAGCAGGGAGAGCUAGAGGCAGAGGUAGAGGUAGAGGUAGAGGUAGAGGUAGAGGAAGAGGAAGACAGACAGACAGAGAGAGAGAGGGGAGGAAGUGGUCGAAGAGGCCAUGCAAGGACUAUUACAGUUUUUGCCCGUUGCUUGAACACUAUAAACCCAUGCUUAGACUAACGUAACACAACCUGAAGCUUUUGUUACCAUACCUCAAACACAUGUACCCAUACCUUAAACAAAAGCGCUGCUUUGCACUCCAGUUGCAAUUAUGCAACACACUUACCCCUUUAUGCAACACACAUGGUCCUGCAUACUACACUCCGUUUCAUACAUAAGACACUUCGUUCAAAAAUGAAAUGUCACGGUGCCAUUUGGAAAACACAUGUAUCCAAAAUACAAAACACAUCGGGUAAUUGCAACCACUCAAAUACACACCUGAAGGCACUCACUUGCAAAACUGAACACCAAUUAGCCAACUACAAAAAGCCCCCAGUUUAGCCAUUUCAAGAACUUUGCAAGCAUGGAUGGAGGGAGAGCAAGAGGAAGAGGAGGAGGAGGAGGAGGUCGAAGAGGCCAUGCACGGACCCAUAUUUCUGAUGAUAUAAGAGCAACUUUGGUGGACCAUGUCAUCAACCAUGGCCUGACCAUGAGGGAAGCUGGGCAGAGAGUCCACCCACAUCUAAGCCGCUUCACAGUGGCAUCUGUAAUAAGAACAUUCCGACUAGAAAACAGAAUGACUCGAAGACCUUCUGGGGGAGGACGCCAGCGCCUGUUCACACAACAGCAGGAACUUGCCGUUGUGGACCUAGUGAGGGCAGACAAUGCCAUCCGUCUCCACCAGCUACGAAAGAAAAUACUUGCAGACAGGCAAGUGUUCAACAACAUAAACCAUGUGAGCAUCACCACCAUCAGACGCAUCUUGGGAAAUCACAGCAUCACCAUGAAGCAGCUCUACAGAGUCCCAUUUGAGAGGAACAGUGACAGGGUCAAAGGACUUCGAGCUGAAUAUGUACGGAGAAUCUUGGCCAUGGAUGGAGCUGCACAGCCUCAUGAAUUCAUUUUCAUUGAUGAAGCUGGCUUCGACCUGUGCAAAACAAGACGACGGGGUCGUAAUGUAAUUGGCCAAAGGGCAAUUGUGCACGUCCCAGGCCAGCGCGGGGGAAAUAUCACAAUGUGUGCCGCCAUAAGCCUUCGAGGGCUUCUGCAUCAUCAUGCAAAACUAGGUCCAUACAUUAGCCAACAUAUACUCACAUUUCUAGAUGCUCUCCAUAAUAUAGUUGUACAGAACAGACCAGAUCAGCCCAGGUUUGUGGUGAUAUGGGAUAAUGUCAGUUUCCAUCCGGCUGCUCUGGUCCAGGCCUGGUUCUCCAACCACAAUCAACUUGAAGUGGUGUACUUGCCCCCUUACUCACCAUUUUUAAACCCUAUAGAGGAAUUUUUUUCGGCUUGGAGAUGGCGUGUAUAUGACCGCCAACCACAUGCCCGCAUGCCUCUUCAACAGGCAAUGGAACAGGCCUGCGGCGACAUUCAGGUGACAGCAAUCCAUGGAUGGUUUCGACAUGCAAGGGGAUAUUUUCCCCGGUGCCUAGCGGGAGAAGACAUUGCUUGCGAUGUCGAUGAGGUCCUGUGGCCAGACCCCAACAGACGACGGGAUCCGUGAGCCCACGUAUGCACAAUUGUCAUGAUUUUUUGUGUUUACAGUAUAAUGUUUUUUCUAUUUCUGUAUUAUGUUUUUUUUUUUUUCU